UAUAACUCUGAGCUAUUGACAGCACUUAAAUUAAGCGUUAUGAGUUACAAUGAGUUAAAAGCCAACAUUAUAAACUGAAGAGCGGCGUGAAGAACUAAUUACCUCAUGGCCAGCUGAGAGGAAGCGUCAAGGUGCUUUAGAUUGGUCCGUGUUAUAAAACAGCAGCACGACAAGAUGAGUCCUUCAGGAGUCCUCUCCUACCUGCCAAGAGUCACAGUGCUGUCACCUCUCCGCACUACCUCUGCGUUAAGACAAUGCCCCAGCAAACCCACUACAGAUCUCCGUCACGGACACUUCUUGACUCGUCCCCAGCGGAGAUGCGUCUCCGUGGAGGCUGCGCUAAACCAUGGCGUGACAGAUUUAACGGAGAGGGAGAGACGACUGCUGGACAAGCUUUAUGACGGACUAGUGGGGGGUCAGAGGGCAUCGCUAGCUGAGUCUAUCACUCUGGUAGAAACUCAACAUCCUCGGAAAAAAGAGUUAGCGCAGGUGCUUCUGCAGAGAGUGCUCGCGUAUAGACAAGAGCAGGAGAGAGAGAACGGCGGCAAACCGGUCGCUUUCAGAGUGGGACUCUCCGGACCCCCCGGGGCAGGUAAAUCCUCGUUCAUUGAGGUGGUGGGUAAAAUGCUGACGGGAAAAGGACAUAAAGUGUCUGUGUUGGCUGUGGAUCCGUCCUCCUGCACGACGGGAGGCUCUCUGAUGGGGGAUAAGACGCGUAUGACGGAACUGUCCAGAGACAUGAGUGCUUUUAUUCGUCCCUCCCCGACCUCAGGGACCCUAGGGGGUGUCACGCGGACCACCAACGAGGCCAUAGUCCUGUGUGAGGGGGCAGGAUAUGACAUCGUGCUGGUGGAAACAGUGGGUGUUGGCCAAUCAGAGUUUGCUGUGGCUGACAUGGUGGAUAUGUUUGUGUUACUGAUUCCACCAGCAGGGGGCGAUGAACUGCAGGGAAUUAAAAGAGGGAUCAUUGAGAUGGCAGAUUUGGUGGUGGUGACGAAAUCAGACGGAGACCUGGUGGUUCCGGCUCGGCGAAUCCAGGCAGAAUACACCAGCGCCCUGAAAUUACUCCGCAAAAAAUCACAGGCUUGGAAGCCUAAGGUGGUGCGUGUGUCGUCCCAGACAGGUCAGGGCAUUGCGGAGCUAUGGGAGAAGAUGCUGGAGUUCCGUGAAGCCGGCCUGCGCAGUGGGGAGCUGCAGCUGCGCAGACGCAGCCAGCAGAAGGUUUGGCUGUGGAGCCUGAUCCAAGAGAACGCCCUGCGUCACUUCCAGGAGCAUCCGGCCGUGCGUUGCCAACUCGCCGACCUCGAACGAAGAGUCACGCAGGGAGAGAUCUCCCCCGGGCUGGCCGCCGACCUCCUCCUCAAAGUCUUCACCUCCUCACAGUAGCCCCUUCUCUGUCCCUCAUUCACCUGCCUUUGUCCCGGGAGGAGACGACUAGAGGAGGUGCAGCCGGGGUCAUGAUUUGUGAGGUUGUUAUGGACCUUAGAGAGGAGUUUACUGGCCUUGUAUCAGAGAUUUUAACUGAGUGAUGUAGACAGUAGGACAUAAAACCUGUAAUUCAUGGCUCUCAAAGACUUUUCUCAAAGGCUGUUUGAUUGAUCGUGUGGAGACUCCAGUGAGAAAGAAGUGGAGAUUUGUAGAAAUGGUUUUGGGACUCAUCAUGGUUAAACACGUAAUAAUUUACGCACUCACAAACUUAUACGCACAAAUACUGUAAUUGAAAAAAAAAAACAAAAACUAUGCAGAGAUUAUUUUAAAACGUCUCUUCUGAAUGAUUGUGUUUGUAAGUGAAAGAAAAUAACAGACCAUGAAUCGGCCUGAUAUGUUCGGGCUAAUAUGUCGUUCUGUGGUUAUUCUCUAGCGACGUGGCUGUUUCUAAACUGACAAAUUACGGCCAUGCCGCUCAGCACACUGUGUGUCAUUUGC